CGUGUAAAGACUGGCAUCUGACAGCGCAGCAGUAAGCAACUAUAUCUACGUCCAACACGUUGUUUGCUAGAACUAUUUAUAUUUACUUGAAGUAGCCAACUGCUUCAGAUUGUUUCGAAUGGAGACCAGACAACAGGGUCUGUUAGACCCAGAGCCUGUAACAGAAGUAGAUGAAGAGAUGGUGUCAGAUGUGGACCUCAACAACACUAUGACUGAUGAAGAGAGGGAGGAAAUAUUGAGUGAACUCACAAAGUUAGAGGAAGAAAUCUCCACCCUGAGGCAAGUGUUGGCCUCCAAAGAGAAACACCACUCAGAGCUCAAAGCCAAACUGGGUAUAACACCACUCAGUGAGUUCAAACAGAACUUCAACAAGAGCUGGUAUGACAUGCAGACUUCCACUGCGUACAAAAAGACAUCGGAGACGUUGAGCACGGCAGGUCAGAAAACGUCAGCAGCGUUCACCACACUGGGAACAGCCAUCAGCAGGAAGUUUGGGGAUAUGAGGAACUCGUCCAGUUUCAAGUCCUUCGAGGAGAAGGUUGAAUGCACCGUUUCCAACAUAAAGCAGACUAAGGUGGGAAGCCAAGGGGGUGGAGGGAGUUUUGAGGAGGUGUUGUCUUCAGCCGCCCUCGCCAGUGCCCAAGAAACCCCCAGCAACAACAUGCCCGAGAGCAGUGAUCAUGAGAGGACCUGCUAGACCAGUCUGAACCACUCAACUACCUCCCCAUACCAGGAUUAGCACUCUACUGCCCCUUACUGGCCCAGAGGCCACAUUACAUUACCUGAUGUGGAGUGCAUGACAUAGGCCUAUCUACCCAAAGCCCCAUCAAGUACCAACACAAAUGUGUAUUAUCUACCUGCUACUUAGCUUUAUAUGUGUUUCCAUACAACAUCAAAAAGAAAGAUUGUGAUACUGUAAAGUACUCCUGUCCUUGAUAUUUCAUUUCUAUGAUUACAUCUAUUAGCUUUUUGUAUUAAAAUGAGUCUGUCCCGUUUAUAUCAAAUGUAUUUGAAAAACAAAAAAUAGUGACACAUUUCUUCCCAAUACUAAAAUUACUGACUUAAAAAAAUAUAUAUUGUAUUAUCAUUAGGACAUAGGUCUCUAUUCAAUCCAUAUUGUGGAAGUCCAGUGUUACAGCGUGAUACAUUUUAAAGGCAAUGUUCCUGCAUUCACGGUAAACGCUGCAUAUGUUAGCUCAAUCGGAAAAUGUACCUUUUACAUUUCUAUUGUGCAAUCUGUACGGCUUCAGCAAUACACAUUGAAUAGAGCCCCUACUUUCCAAGAGUGGACAGUCAUAUAACACUAUUGGGGGGAGGGAGUUGUAUUUGAUACUUAUACUUGAAAUUGCAUGUGCUGGGUUUGUAGGCCAAUACUGCACUGUUAAUGGGGACCAAGAUAAGGCCUUGCGCUGGAAUCUACUGAAUACAAUGUCACACCUUUGAAUCAUACUAGUAUCUCCUUUAUUCCAACCGUGCACUGUUUGCACAUGAGCCUUGAUAGGUGGCAGAAUGACCAUCCAGUGUAUGUAUAUGAUACACAAUUUAUGCUUAUUAUAGGUCACAGCUGUCAAGCGGUGUAGAUGCUUUGACACCCUGUGGGAUUAAAAGUUUAUUUUUUAAAUGUGUUUAUUUCUGGUUAUUACUGCUAAUCUUCAAUAAUGGACCAUACAGCUGUUUUUUUUUUAUUUACACAAUUAACACUUUCUCCUUGUUGUAUAUUAUUCAAAUCGUUUUUAUUGGUUUUUAACUUAACUGUGACGUUUCUUAGACAUUCAGGUGGUAGAUGUUUUCAGACAUUUACUGAUUUUAGGCCUAGAUUCAAUCAGAUCAAGUGUUAACCGGCAAUAGCUGACACCCGCAUAGACUGAUGUUUUGGCGGUGUCACAAUGCCAAACCUGUCCCACUUGCGUUUGAAUUUCAGAAUUAGAAAGUGUAAGCUAAAUAGGAAUAAAGUCGCUCAAAUUGAAAAUCAUUCAAACAAAAUAGAGGAUUUCUAUCAACCUAAAUGACUUGUACUGUAGAUAACAUCUCGCAUUCCAGUGUUCGAAUUUGUAAACAAGGCUGCAUGGGUUUUCUCUUAAUGCGACGCCAUGCAUGUCCACUGUAGGUAUAAUGGGUUUUCUCUUAAUGCGACGCCAUGCAUGUCCACUGUAGGUAUAAUGGGUUUUCUCUUAAUGCGACGCCAUGCAUGUCCACUGUAGGUAUAAUGGGUUUUCUCUUAAUGCGACGCCAUGCAUGUCCACUGUAGGUAUAAUGGGUUUUCUCUUAAUGCGACGCCAUGCAUGUCCACUGUAGAUAUAAUGGGUUUUCUCUUAAUGCGACGCCAUGCAUGUCCACUGUAGGUAUAAUGGGUUUUCUCUUAAUGCGACGCCAUGCAUGUCCACUGUAGGUAUAAUGGGUUUUCUCUUAAUGCGACGCCAUGCAUGUCCACUGUAGGUAUAAUGGGUUUUCUCUUAAUGCGACGCCAUGCAUGUCCACUGUAGAUAUAAUGGGUUUUCUCUUAAUGCGACGCCAUGCAUGUCCACUGUAGGUAUAAUGGGUUUUCUCUUAAUGCGACGCCAUGCAUGUCCACUGUAGGUAUAAUGGGUUUUCUCUUAAUGCGACGCCAUGCAUGUCCACUGUAGGUAUAAUGGGUUUUCUCUUAAUGCGACGCCAUGCAUGUCCACUGUAGGUAUAAUGGGUUUUCUCUUAAUGCGACGCCAUGCAUGUCCACUGUAGGUAUAAUGGGUUUUCUCUUAAUGCGACGCCAUGCAUGUCCACUGUAGGUAUAAUGCCAGGAGCCGCCUGUGGAUUUGACCCGCUCUAACAGUUCCACAUCUAUCACUGCCGAAAAAACUGCUAUGUGAAUGUACUGUGUUUUCUGCAGUAUCAUUAAAUACUUUUUUGCAAACCAA